CUUCAAAGCAAUUCAAGUGAAGACUCAUCAUCGUUUUAGAAAUGAUACCAUUUACUCUCAUUUCGCAGGCAUCUCAUGAGAUAAGACCAUGAUAACCACUCAAUGAUGAAAUGAUGGUAGCAAUAACAAUAAAUCAUUAUAAUUAACACCACACCGCCGCACCUGUUACAUCAUGUCCAUAGACCUGAACUGGGAGACGCUGACUGGCGGCCCGGACGGAGCGGCACUCGCCGAGCGCAUUCGAGAUUUCAUCCACGUCAAGUUUCAGUCCGUACCGCUGCCGCGCUUUAUUAAGUCUGUCACCGUCCACGAUUUCGCAUUCGGCACCAUACCGCCGAGCGUCGUACUAAAGGAUAUAUGUGACCCGCUGCCAGAUUUUUAUGAGGAAAAUCCGGAUGUUUCUGAUGACGAAGAGGAAGGUGAAGGUGAAGAUGAAGAGAGCGAGCGGGAUGAGAGGGCUGGCCAUGUCAGCGCAGAGGACGUAUCGGAUGCGAUUCGAGCGCAAGAGCGUAAGAGGAGGGCUGACCAAAUUCGAAGAUUGGAGGGAAGGGGUGGCGAUGGGCGCAGGGAUCGGAGUAGAAGUGGGACGGGAUCCUACAAUGUAGAGGGCAUGUAUCCGCCCCAUAUACAUGUUGCCGGAUUGCGAAGUGCUCCCGGGACCCCCGAUAUCAGCAAUCCUUUCCUAGGCCUCGGAGUGCCGACACCCGGCGUACCUGGAGGCACGGCUAAUAUGCAUUACUUUCAAUCAAAACUCGCCACUCCUUGGUCCGGCACACAAACACCGUUAGCGGCUGUAGCAGGAGCACAACACCUAAACGGCUGGCUAGAGAUGGGCGGUACUCAUUCACCGGCGCCAGGAAGACACCCGCGGAGUGGUACUCACAGCAGACACCCAUCGCAAAGCUCCAUAACUAUGACGGAGCCCCCUCUAACACCUUCUCUGGUCUCAGGAUCCCUAGCCCCUUUACCCCACCUACUUAGAGAAAAACACAGUGUAUCAACGCUCGCACCCACAUCUGCCGGGGCGUCAAGGCCGCCUACUAGGGACGCAACAGCCGGGUUCUCCCACGUGCCGCCGCCCAUGAGCUCAUCACGGCCCCAUAACGACACAGCAGUAUACAGUUCCAGCUCCGACAGCAACGGCGCCGGGGACGAAGACGAAGACGAGGAACCGAAAAGAUUCUACGAGCCUAGGGUCGACGACUUACAGGCCGUCUUCCGCAUCAAGUACGCGGGCGACAUCAAGCUCAUGCUAACAGCCGAGAUACUCCUCGAUUACCCGAUGCCGAGCUUCGUCGGCAUACCCGUGAAGCUGAACAUCACAGGCCUCACGUUCGACGGCGUCGGCGUCGUCGCGUAUAUUCGGAAGAGAGUCCAUUUCUGCUUCCUGAGUCCCGAGGAUGCGCUCGCGGCUGUGGGACGUGACGACGAUGAUGACGAUGAGGGGGAGGAGGGGGGUGCGCAGAGCGAGAGGCCGAAUUCGGCGGGGGGAACGAGGUUGCCGAAGAAGGGGAAGCUAGGGAGCUUGUUGCAGGAGGUUAGGGUCGAGAGCGAGAUCGGGCAGAGGGAGGGGUCGAAGCAGAGUCUGAAGAAUGUGGGGAAGGUUGAGAGGUUUGUCCUUGAGCAGGUUAGACGCAUUUUUGAGGAGGAGUUUGUGUAUCCUAGUUUUUGGACGUUUUUGGUUUGAGGGGAGGUAGAGGAUGGAGGGGAUGGCUUGAGACUGUGCCUAUGGCUGUUCCUGUAUUAUGACUUACGGGAGAUGGAGGUUUUAGAUGUGAUGGUCACUUUGAUUAGGGGCUUGUG